AUGACCGCGAUACCAUCAUUUGUGUUUCAAGAUGUGGACGCGCCACAACUGGAUGAUAAAAUGGACGUAGCCUCAUCGCCCUUUCGGCAGCCUGACGACAUCGACAUCGAGCUCGAUUCCGUUCGCGACCCUUCAGUCAUCGGCUCCAUACACGACGACAUGAUCGAUGAUGAGUCCGUCCAGUUAGACGACAGUGGUAACAACCCUCGGCAAGAUGAGACCGAUGAAAUAUUGCCUGAUGAUGAUAUGUUUGAUGAUACGAAUGCGCUCUUGACAACCGAAAACGCAGAUAUCGAUUACAACAUGGACGGUGAUGGAGAAGGAGUCCGACUUGACGAAGAUGAGGACAUUUUGUACGAGGAAGAGGAAGACAUGCCCCUGGAGCAGCCUAUAGAAAUCACCGACCAUGCCUAUGAAAUCACACUGGAUGAAGAACCACCAUUCCUCGAAGAGGGCGGUGACGAAGUCGAUCUCACGGUUCUCGAAGAACACGCUGAAGACGAGCAACUUACAACUAAUGUAGCACCCAUCGGAUCAUACCAGGAAACCACAGACGUAACUGAACAGAAGCCGAAGGCCGCCGUGCCCGUCCAAUCGCCUCUUCCAGAAGUUGAAAACGAAUCGGCACGCUUCGAAGACGGAGAACAAGAUAACGGUGGCCAGGAUCAUGACCAAGUUGAAGACCAUCACGAAUCUGGGGACGACGUGUCCGCGGCUAUUGAUGGAAUCGACACGCAUGAACUGGCCGUCCAACCCUCGGAGACGGUUCCAUCUACUGGUGACGCCCUGAUGUCCGCUUCACAUGACAAUGUCGAGCAGCAAGAAGAUGCUGAGCAUCCAGCCGCCGAGCAUGCAGACAAGUCUCAGGAGACACAAGCCUCUUUGCAUCCUGUAACACUGGUCUAUCUGGACGAGGAGAUGUCACUAUUUCCACCCAUGCUUGGAGACUCCUCAGCCGUCUACUUCUUGCAAGACUCCUCGCUUGCCUUCGAGCCACUUGACAAAGUGCUCGCGACUUGUCGUGACAUUCUCAGUGGAACUCUGGAUCAUCACGAUGAGCUUGUCCUGGAUAUUACUUCUCUGGGACUUCACAUUUGUGAAGAUUCGAAAUAUGCCGCACAGAUCACCUUGUCCCAGAUCCUCGAGGUAUACUUGCAACUCUGCAACAAUGAUGGAAACGAAGAGUCACCACCCUUGUGUUGUUAUCUGAGCAGCCGUGUGAGCUUGGCGUCGCAAUAUGCUUAUCUUUCAUCCGCAUGUGGUGAAGGUAAAGGGUUCUCAGAAAUCGCCGCUGACUACGUUGACACUCCAGAGCCUGAGGAUCAGCAGCCUUACCAUGAGCACGAUGCCGAGGAAGGUGCCAACCAGAGGUCUGCCAUGGAAGAACUUCCUGGCAACGGCGCAGAUCCUGUCACGGCAAACCUUGCUGGCGAAACUCAGGAUGCUUCUCAGCCGGCUCAAAAUGCUCCGGAUUAUGUCAACGAACCGGAGGACGCAACAGGAUCUGAUGGUCACUUUGCUGAAGGUGCCCAGAAUGCGGACGAUGUGUUUGCCUUACCUGAGGCGGAUGGAGAGCAUCCUGCAGAAUUAUCCACAGCCCAAGAGACGAACGAAGAUGCCAAAGUCCCUGCACCUGACUCUGCAGACCAGCCUGGUGAUGAUCCCGACGGCGAGGGUGAGGAGCUGGAAGUUGCUGACGUCGGCCAUGAUACCUCGUCUCAGCUUUCCGGUCCCUCAAAAGUGGGUAUAGAUGAGGACGAGACCAAUAGCUCACAUACCGUACAAGCAGACCAUGUGGAAACCGAGUUUGCAGAUCCUGAUGCUGUACGAGUCGAAACAGAGGGCGAGGAAUCAUUCAACGAAUUCCAGAACCACGCGCAGGAUUCCGAACACGAGCCUGUGCCAGAGCUGGAUUCCUUCAGUGAUGAAGAACUGUUUGCUCUGGAAGAGGGCAGCAAGGACGAUCUUAAAGAUGUUUCGAUUCCUGCGGAGCAUGCAGAUCCAGGUCUUCCGGGUGAGCAGCAGCAGUCAAGCACCCAACCUCAAUCAGACCCGCCAAGUCUCUCCCUCAAACCUCCGACCGCCGCAAGUCCUCCCAUUACGCCAUCCAAGAGCAUUCAUUCCAAGCGGAAGGUGGAAGACGACGAUGAUUUCGACCUCCUGGAAUUUGAUACACCUGAACCCAAGCGUCGGCGGCCUUCUUGA